UCUUUACCGUACGUCAGGCCGCGCUGACGUCAACACGGAGCCACGCUGCACGACCCGUCCAAACAACUUUUCCAGAACAACUCAGCACAACGCGUUCAGUCGUCUAAAGAGCUGAAAUUGAACAAAGUAGCCCGGAAACAGCAGCCGGAGACGUGCUUGGGAAUCAGCUGGACUACUUAAUUUGGACUUUGGAGUGUAUAUAGUUGAAGUUGGUUUCAAUUUAUAUAUUUAACUCAACAACUGGCGUCUUUUUUUGGAAGUUAAGAUGAGGAAUCUGCGGUUGUUGUUCAUCGUCGGGCUGGCGACUGGUUUUAUCAGUGAAAAACUCUUUGUCUCCUCGCAGACAACCUUCUCCGCGACAGAUGACCUGUACCUAGAGGGCCGAUCGUCGGGUGACCUCCCUAUAGAUGACGAAGAUGGUGACGGUUCAGGCUCUGGAUCUGGAGACUAUACUUUCAGCAACUUCACAGUUGAAGAGGAGAACCUCUGGAGGUUCCUCAACUUCUCUGAGACCACAGUCUCCAAAGGAAUGGUUCCAACUGGACCACCACCAUCAGCCUCUCCUCUCAACCCAUCAACCACAGCAGCAACCAGAAUGAAGGACGCAGAGACGACAACAUUCAUAUUGCCUAAUGUGGACAACCGUGAUGAGGAGGUUGCAGGUCCAGCAGCUGAUGGGUUCACACAGAGCCCCAGUACCAGCUCCACCACCAUGCCUCCCAGUGAAACUACUGUAACCAAAUUCAGCAUAGACAUCACUGUGUUCAAUCACACCGAUGAGGACAACAGUCUGGAUAGAUGGGAUGUCUCGACAACCAAAAACCAUGGAGGUGAAGUCCAGGUCGAAAAUGAUAUUCUGGCAAAAAAUGGCAGAGGCAGCAGAAUGUAUGAGGUGGACUCUCCUGAGAAUGUGACCUCAGAGAACAUGUGGGAGAGGACAGAAGUGCUGGCAGUGAUAUCAUGUGGAGUGGUUGGACUCCUCUGUGCAGUUUUCCUCCUCCUCUUCCUCGCCUACCGUAUGAAGAAGAAGGACGAAGGUAGCUACAACCUGGGAGACACCAAAGUUUCCACAACAGCCUAUCAAAAAGCACCCACCAAAGAGUUCUACGCCUGAACUCGCCAACAGGGACAUUAAAUUAAGUCUUUCCCCCCAAUCACAACUACAAAUGGAUUUAUAAACAACUGAAGAUGAUUCCUCUGGCUGAAGUUUAAAGUCAAGCCCUCGAGUGCCUGUGGAGCAGGAUUGCUUGUUCUCCAGUGCUCCCACUUAAAAACAGAAAAGAACAAAAAAAACCUUCCUCCUCUGCUACAGUUUCACGUCUUUCUUUAUGAUGAUCAGUGUUUGAAGAAGAUGUCAUACACAAAAACACAUUCCUUUCAUUACAUUCUGGGGAAGGAGUUGGACAUUAAAUACACAUUUUAAAUUUCAAGAAAGGAACAUUUUCUAGUGUCAAGAUGGAUCCCAACUGUUCUAGUCCAGGACUACUUCAAAAUAUUGAAAACACUGCGCUUUACUUCUCUUGAGCCACACACGGCGGGACUUGGUUCUGCAUUGUGGAUAAAUCCAUUGUCCCAUUUGGCAGAGCUCCAGUCUGAACUAUCCCAGCUCGGCUUAGCAACAUAGAUGAAAUUCAAAGAAACGUAUGAACAGCCUUAACACAUUUUAAAUGCUGUUAUUUGGAAAGGUAUCAGAUAUGGAAUUAUUAUUAUUAUUAUCAAGGGCCUUUGAAAAAUGUAAACUCUUUUCCCUUUUUUUUAUUUGAAGUCCCAAUGACUCGGUAUUUUACCGUGUUACAUUUCAUUUUCUGUACGCUUUCUUCGCCAAAUUGAAGAUUUUUGUUGAUAUAAGAAAUCCAUGUUUUUUUCAUAUGCUCUCCAGUAUUGUUAUGACAUAUUUUGUUACUCUGUAGGUACAUAUUUGUGUUGUAUUUCUUCACAGAUAUUUGACAUUUAUAGAACUGACCAAAUAUAAAUGUGCUUUAAUUGUUUUCGGAAAGUUAUUUUUAGUAGCAAUGUGUUUGUUAAGAGAUUUCCACAAGACUUUUUUAAUAUUCUUACAGUGGUCGCUUUGUCCUUAACCUUGCAUCCAACAUUAGUAAUAUUUUCAGGACUAUUUAAUGACUUGAGUGCCUGUAGAGCAGGAUUGCUACUUUAGAGCCAAGAUUAAUGACUAUAAUUCAGAAACCGUAGACAUGACCAACGUUUUCUGAAGCGGCCAAAGCACAUUCCUUUCUCACUGUCAACUGUAUACAGCUAUAGCAAGCGUGAACUCAAAGGGACUGUGACAAUGUACAUGACAGGACUAUCCCAAAGAAGUCAUUUUUUUUGCACAAUUUUUAAUUAGUUACAAUGUAAGAUAGUGUAAGCAUGUCAGAUGUAAAACGCAUCAAACCAACCAAAGGAGUAUGGGAGCUUCCAGACGUGAGAGACUUCAUACAUGAGGCAGUUAAACCACACGGGGGUAUUCCCCUUCUUUUUUUUGCGCAUAAUUGUUAUUCGUAUAGAGCCUGUUAAAUAUAUGUUAGUUAAAAUAUAGGGCAUUUGUAGUCUGUGAUCAAUUUUAACACCAAAUAUUAACUGCUUAUUAUGUGUCAAAGAAUACUUUUCACAUCAGCCUCUUAUUGAAAUGGGACAACUGUUGAUGCAGCGCUAUCUGUGGCCUUACAAUCUCUGUGAAAAGGUCAAAUAAAAAAACUUUGGUUAUCAAAAUGACUGGAAUACAUACAGGGAAGUAGGGCAACUGGAAUCCACCGUGCUUCACAAAACAUUGUCUAUUCAUUCACGGUUGUUUUGAGCUUCGAGCUGUACCUCAACUGGAAUAUUUCUGUUCCAGUGUGGUUUCAGAAGAAUUUGUCACCCUUCCUUACCAAAAGAAAUGUCAGAGAAAUGUCUGACAUAAACCUUACUCAGAGGAUUGGGGAAACGGGUUACUACUUACAGAUGAUGACACACAAUAACCUCUCUCUACCAGGAGCUCUGUAAAUGUAUACGGUAUGUUGAUACUAUAGUGUAUAUGUAUUAAUUUAUACUUGCUCAGACUAUAAUCCAGGUUAAAAUGUCAAUGACAAAUUGGGAUUGUAUUGUAUUUACACAUGAUCGAAACCUCUUUUUGCCUACUGCUCUGUUUUAUUUUUUAAUAUUUAUGUUUUUAGUGUAUUUGUCAAGUCUUGGUUGAAUUAAUUUUUUAUUUCAAUAUCCGUUGUCUCGCUUUUUACAAAUAUUUUCUUUUAUAUGAAUGCAUUCAAUACAUGAUUUAAAUAAUAAUACCUUCUUUGUAAAUAUAUAGAAUAUUUCAUAUUCCCUUUAAUCAAAGUUGAAUAUGAAUUGACUCAAGCCUCGAUUUGAAAGAAUAAACACCUACACAGUGGUGGGGACCAACACAUGAGGUGGUCAACAGGGAAACGUCUUGCUGAAAUCAUGUAUCUUACAAGGUUCACUACUGUAUAAAAGAUGUGGCUUUAAUGCAA